UGAAGCAUUGUCGUACCACUUUCUCAGUAAAUUUGGCAAUGAAUUUUUUUUUAAUAAAACUCUAGAGUUCAGUGUUUACUUGAGUGUUAAACGCCAUUUUCUGCUCUGACAGUCAAUGUUUUUACGCGAGAUAGUCCCUAUACACUAGAGACAAGUGCGCGUCCGACUUCAACUACACACUACAACUAGAUCUUCCUCACCGUAGCUCGCUACACGAAACAUAGGCUCGCGCGCGUUUCAGUAUAGUAUAGAGUUCAGUGGUCCUUACAUCUGUGGCGCAUUCAACCUGUGCAUUCAACGGUCAUAUAUUGUACCGCUAUAUCAAACUAGUACAAUUUGCCGUAUGUUGUAGGAACGGUCUGAAAGAAAUAACAAAAAUGGGCAAGAUAGCUAAGCGCUCAAAAAUCAUUCCCGAUGAAUCAGGUAUAGUUCCCAAAGUCAAGAAGUUGGUCAACAAUCCCGGAGUGAGUAAAGCAAAUUCAAAAGUUAACCUCAAAGGCGCACGUGGUCCGUUAAUGAAACAGCUAGAAAAUAAAUCCGACGUUUUUGAAAAUACGACCUUCAUAGGAAAUGGGAAAGUCUUAAAAGCUAAGAAAAAUAUUUCCAAACAAUCAAAAAAAAACGUCAAUCUAAAACCGAAUUCUCAAGUGGCACCGCAAUCUAUUACUAAGGCCCACGAAACCAAUCCUACAUCUGAAAAUGUCAUUAGCACGUUGCUCUCUAAAACUAAAGUUGUUAUGCCACAAGCACCACUCAGAGACCAAAAUGACGCGAAUAUUAAACAAAUUUUGGAUAGAAAAGUCUUGAAACGCAAAUCAGGUUCAGAAAGUACAUCCAAAACGUUGGAGAAGAAAAAAGAUCCACCUUCCGAGACUUCACUUAAAAAGCCAACAGUGAAGAAGUUGCUUGGCAUUCAAAUAAAAAAAGUGCAAAAAAAUAAAGACUCGAAAACCGAGAUAACUGAAGAAAAAGCGCAACUCAACAACCAGGACCAGAAUACUGAACAUCCGAAGAAUGCAUCGCUCGAUGAGGAACAAGUAGCUAAGGGUAUAGCUGCUGUAUUGAAACUUGCCGAAUUGCAGACUGGUAGCAAGAAAAAACUGUUUGAUGAAGAACCCCAACCAAUAUUUUUGCAAGUAUCUUGCAUCAAAGUGCCAAAAGUACCAAGAAGACAGUUAAGAAUUCUGUUGCCGAAUACCCUGGUGAGAGAUAACGACGAUGUAGUAUUGUUUGUAAAGGAUCUGAGAAAAGGUAGAAUUACGGAUUUUGAACCAACCAUUGAACACUAUCAAGAGUUAUUGCGCAAAAACGGUUGCACACAAAUCAAGGAUGUGAUACCGUUGACUCAAGUGAAAACUGAAUUCGAUCAGUUUGAAUUGAAAAGGAAACUGCUGUCGAGCUACGAUUACUUUUUAACAGAAGGUAAAAUUGCCGGACAUUUGUCGCAUCUUUUGGGUAAAAAUUUCAUAAAUAGACGCAAACUGCCAACAUCUAUCAAAUUGGAUAGCGAGAAUUUAAAAGAGGUGAUAGAUAUUGCGUUGAGGAAAACCAUUAUGCCAUUACAUUCGAAUGGUAGCAGUCACAUUGUGCAGGUUGCACAUACAGCGAUGAAGCCGGAUGAUAUAGCGAGCAAUGUUGUAAGGACCUGCAAGACGCUCGCUCAUGAAUACCCAGGUGGAUGGUCUAACAUCCGAACUUUAAUUCUAAAAACACCGUCCAGUUUGGCAGUUCCGAUAUAUGUGACACUGAAGAGCAAGAAUAAGGUAAAGGUACCAGUUAUUAUUCCCAAGAGACCCAACGCACACCGAAUUGUGACGGGUGAAUUGAGCACCGUACCUGGGCAUGUCGGUGUUAUUGUUAAGCCAGAUGGUACAGUUACAACAUUCAAAACUAAAAAAGAGCAUGCUGAAAAUGCUGAUCAACCAAGUGCAAAGAAAGUAAAAUUGAACAACCUGGGAACAAAGAAAACUAAGCGUAAUAAAAAGAAUUCCGCUGCAAGUGGAGGAGUCGAUAAAGAUCUCGGCGUGACAGAAACUUCUGAACGAUCAAGUGCCCCAAAGAAUCAAGAUACUGAGAAGUCAAAAUUGACCGAAAGGAAAAAUUCUGAAGGUUCAGAAGACGAAAUUGAAGCGGCUGAACGAGCGUAUCUUAGUCAAUUGCACGAAGAAAGCGUCACCACGACGUAUACCAGAGAGAAGUCAUUGGCUAAAAAAAAAUCAAACAUUGUAAAGAAAAUAAAAUCAAAGGCGUAAUCUCGUCUCACAUCUUAUCGAGAUUUUAAAACAAUACAACCAUUCUUAGUAAUUAAUAAUUUGAAAUACAUAAUUUCGAAGUUCA